UUUAUAGUCAACAGUAACCGCCUCUUUUCUGAGACCGGCUGGGCAAGUCUCUUCUGCAUUCAGUCGGGGGUUAAGUUGUUUUUCGUAUAAAAUUAUUUACGGAUGGGACUGUUUAACUCGAGUCCGCCCAGCGGGAGAGGGGGCCACUGAGCCUCACAGUGCACGCUGAGAGAAGGACACACCAUUGUUCGAACACCACAGCAGAAUGGUUACUUUGAGGUGUAGUGCAUUGCUGUCUGCAGUCACGUUAAGAAGAUCACUGUUUCUGGUGCACAGCAGGUCUUCAUACUGUUCCUCAUUUGUGAUUCUUAGUGUGCAGGACCUCCAUUUAAAAAGGACUCGAUUAAAAGGAAAGGAAUAUAGGAAAUUGCUGCAUUCUUCACACAUUUUCUUAUCUCUGCCUCAGCCGCACACCAUUAUAAUACAACCAUUGUACACGUCAAAUUGUGGACUUUCAGAGGAGAAAACUCAGCCUUCUAGUACUUCAGACACAGAGAAGACUUUAUCAACUCCAGCCAAAGUUGACGACUUGAAAGAUGUAGCACGGAAGUCUUUGAGGCAACGGGUUGUUGAUGAACUGAAGCAUUAUUACAAUGGAUUCCGUCUUUUAUGGAUUGAUACCACUGUUGCAGCUCGAAUGGUGUGGUCUUUAUUAAAUGGUCAGCAGCUCACCAGACGGGAGAGAAGAAGGUUGAUGAGAACAUCUGCUGAUCUGUUCCGCCUGGUCCCCUUCUUGAUAUUUGUUAUUGUGCCCUUCAUGGAGUUCUUACUUCCCGUGUUUCUGAAGCUCUUCCCAGAAAUGUUGCCGUCAACAUUUGAGACUGAAUCCAAAAAGGAGGAAAAACAGAAGAAAACAUUGGCUGCUAAACUUGUACUGGCAAAAUUUCUCCAAGAAACCAUUGAUGAACUGGCUAGAAGGAAUAAAGCAGAAUCUGGAGAGGCUACAAAGCAGUUUUCAACCUAUGUCCAACAGGUUCGCCAUUCUGGGGUACAGCCUAGCACAGCAGAAAUUGUUCGAUUUUCCAAACUCUUUGAAGAUGAAUUGACCCUGGAACACCUAGAUCGCCCUCAGUUGGUUGCCCUUUGCAAGCUGCUGGAGUUACAGCCCAUUGGAACAAACAACUUGCUGCGCUUUCAGCUCAUGAUGCAGCUGAGGUCAAUAAAGGCAGAUGAUGAGAUGAUCAGCCGGGAAGGUGUGAAUAUAAUGAGUGUGCCGGAACUACAGGCUGCAUGUAGAAGCAGAGGAAUGAGGUCCUUGGGUUUAACUGAAGAGCAGUUGAAGGACCAGCUUAAACAGUGGUUAGAUCUGCAUCUUAAAGAAAAUGUGCCUCCUUCUCUAUUGUUGCUGUCUCGUGCAAUGUAUCUUACUGAUGUCAAUCCAAAGCCCAUCCUUGAGACACUGCUGCAAACUGGGAAGACAGAAUUGUCAGCAAAUGACAGUAAGGAGAAGCUUGUCAGUGAAGUUAAACAACCAUUAACAGAGUCUUUUCAAGAAAGGAAAGGCAUAAAGGUUGGUGAUGCUGAACAGGCUGAGAAAACAAAGGCCAAUGCUAAUGGAGUGUGAAGACCAUUUCUGCAGAAAGGAGAUUUGGAGAUGAGUUUUCCUGUGACAUCUUUUGGUUAAUGUUCACUUCCGGAAACCAUUGUAGCACUGUUCUGCCAUGGAUUUACUUUUUGUAGCUCCUCCAAGGAUAAGAAGAAAGUAUACCACUCCGCUUUUGUGUAAUUUAGCAGGACAUUAAGCUUCUUGGUCCUUGUAUUGCCCCUUUACUGCCUUUUGAGGUUCUACUGGGCAUAUCAAAAGACAAUUAGAAUUCCUAGGUAAAUUAUUCUCAUUUUAAUUAGCACAGGUAUAUCCCCCGAAUUACACUCCAAAGUUUUGUGUUAACAAUGCUGCUUUUUUAUGUUUAUCAUUUCUAAUAAUACUCAACAGAACUCUCCUAAAACCUUCAUUAUGCAGGUAACACCAGUAUAUGCUUAUGUUUUAUCUACAAUUCAUAACAGAACUUUGUAAACAGAAAAGAAGACUCUUUAACAGAGACUCAUUUGAAAUGAAAUGGCCAUACUUGUAGUGCACUCCUUUCUCCCAUGUUUGUGUUAUAUCUUAAAGCACAUCUGUGAAGAUUUGUUCUUUAAUGCUUAGAUUGCUACUCUGCAUUUAUUGGGCACUUUAGUUGGCUGAUAUUUGGUCACUGAAGCAAACUUUAUGCUGUUGAAGUUUUUAAACACUUAUGCCAGUCUUGUGUGAGGGACCUGUCCUGCAUGUUGUGCUGCUCAGGAAGAGAGGCUUGCAUAAACUUUCAGUCAUUCACACAAAACAAGAUACAAAUUAUUACACCUUUAUUCACUUGUUAUAAAAAGAUUAGUCUUGA